AUGACAUUUAAGGAUAUUGAAGAAGCUAGAAAGAUAGUGAACUUCUAUGCAUUGGCUAAUAGAAGAGGGUUGCAAGUGGUCAAAACUGAUUCAACUAGGGCUAGCUAUAAGUGUGCUACUGGUUGUCCAUUUAGAUGUUAUAUCUCACAGGAUGACAAUAGCCAUAGCUAUCAAAUGAAGACAUGGAAAUAUGUCCAUACAUGUGAUCCUUGCUUAAAAGAUUCUAAGGCUGAUCAGAAUACUUUAUCACACCUAUUUAAGAAAAAAGUGCAGUACAAUCCUCAGUAUAGCCUGAAGCAAAUGAAAGAUGAUUUAGAGCCUGGGUUUGAACUAAAUGGGUUAAUGUCUAAGCUUAAAAGGGCCAAGAAUUUGACACUUAAGAAGUUAGAGGGAAGUUUUGUUGAUGACUACAAGAAACUUGAGGCCUAUGGGCAAGAACUUAUACAAUCUAAUCCUGACACUGAUGUUGUAAUUAAUAUUUUUAAACAUGCUCUUGAAGAAGGGAAAACAAAGCUCUUAAGGAUGUAUAUAUUCUUCAAUGCAUUGAAGAUGGACAAGGAAAAUGCUAAAACUUGGGGAUGGCUUAUUGAGUUUCUGAAGCUUUCUUUGGAUCUAAAUGAUGGUCAUGGACGUUUACUUGAUACUGUGAGGAAUGUACUUCUUAAUGUUCAUCAUAGGUUUUGUGCGAGACAUAUUGACGCUAAUUGGCGGAAAAAAAUGGAGAAGUUGAUAGAUGAAGAAACGUUUAUGAUGGAGUGGUUGGAACACUUAUAA